CGUUGCCAUGUGUAGACUGGUCCAUUGAUGAGAUAUUAGAUUUGAACGUUUAUAUUUUACGUCUCCACUUUUGAUUUGUUAACACAGUCUGGAAUUAAACAAAGAUGGCAGUGCCUACAGCUGACAAGGUACAGGAAAUCAGAGAGGUCACUAGGAUCGAGCGAAUUGGUGCUCAUUCUCAUAUCCGAGGUUUAGGUCUUGAUGAUGCUUUGGAAGCUCGCAAUGUGUCACAGGGAAUGGUGGGACAGAUGGAUGCUAGGCGAGCAGCUGGUGUCAUCCUUGAAAUGAUUAAGGAGGGAAAAAUUGCUGGAAGAGCACUGUUGAUAGCUGGACAUCCUGGUACUGGGAAAACUGCCAUAGCUAUGGGUAUGGCUCAAGCACUGGGUUCAGAUACACCAUUUACAAGUAUAGCUGGCAGUGAAAUAUUCUCUCUUGAAAUGGGAAAAACAGAGGCUCUUACCCAAGCAUUCAGGAAAUCCAUCGGAGUUAGGAUCAAAGAAGAGACUGAGAUUAUAGAAGGUGAAGUUGUAGAGAUACAGAUAGACAGACCUGCUACAGGAACUGGUGCAAAAGUUGGCAAGUUGACGCUAAAGACGACAGAGAUGGAGACCAUAUACGAUCUUGGGCAGAAAAUGAUAGAAUCUCUUACUAAGGAAAAAGUACAGGCUGGAGAUAUCAUAACAAUAGACAAAGCUACGGGCAAGAUUACAAAACUUGGAAGAUCAUUUACGAGAGCAAGAGAUUAUGAUGCUAUGGGAGCUCAGACAAAAUUUGUGCAAUGUCCUGAAGGGGAGUUACAGAAGAGAAAAGAAGUAGUACAUACUGUAACAUUACACGAGAUAGAUGUCAUUAACAGUAGAACUCAGGGUUUCCUAGCUCUCUUCUCAGGUGAUACUGGUGAGAUAAAAUCAGAGGUUCGUGAACAAAUCAACAGUAAGGUUGCUGAAUGGAGAGAAGAGGGUAAAGCUGAAAUUGUUCCUGGGGUGUUAUUCAUUGAUGAAGUACACAUGUUGGAUAUAGAAAGUUUCUCAUUUUUAAACAGAGCAUUAGAGAGUGAUAUGGCACCUAUUUUAAUCAUGGCAACAAACAGAGGAAUCACCAGAAUACGAGGCACAAACUACCAGAGUCCUCACGGUAUACCUAUAGAUCUUCUAGACAGACUGCUUAUUAUUUCAACAUCCCCAUACGAGGAGAAAGAAAUCAGACAAAUUCUUAAAAUCAGGUGUGAAGAAGAGGAUGUUGAAAUGAGUGACGAUGCUAUGACGGUAUUAACGAGGAUAGGCAUGGAAACCUCUCUCCGAUAUUCUAUACAACUCAUUACCACAGCUAAUCUUGUUGCCAGAAAAAGAAAGGCUACAGAAGUUGAUGUUGAUGACAUUAAACGUGUAUAUUCAUUGUUCCUUGAUGAGUCCAGAUCUACACAGUUCCUCAAAGAAUACCAACAAGAAUUUAUGUUCAAUGAAUUGUCAGAAACCAUGGAAACUAGCUGAAGAAAUUGUUUGUGCAAGGAUUUGUAAAAACUGUCAUGUGUUCAAGGACUUUAUAAUGAUCUGAACUUAAGAUCUUAAAUGUUUGUAAAAAUAAAGAUUAAUUUUGAAAUAAACACCAAAUUCAACUACAUGUUUGGACAGUCGCUUCAUAUUUGAACAGAUGUAAUGUAUAUCUGUAUAUCGGACAAUAUUUAAUGACAAAAUUCAAUAAGAAUCAAUUACUGUUGUAUUAAGUUUUUCAAGUGAUAUUUGUUUGUUAUUCUUAUCACGGUCUGCUUAUCAUUCUCAUACAUGCAGACUUCCCAAAAGUUAGAAAAAAACUGUCAGACAUUCGGUCUGACAAACCAUGAAAAUCUGUCGGACCGAAACGAAAUCUGUCAGACCGAAUUAAAUUAAUUAAAAUCAAAGGGAAACUUUUCAGUUUUAAUUUUUUCGCCGUACAAUCGGCACAGUCUGUACAGCGCAAUCUUCAUCUCCCUGUCAUAUACUAAAAAUUCACGGUCCUGCUUUCAUUUUUCAUUAAAUUUUGUCUCAGGUCUAUUCUUUUCAUCCUUUUACUGCUGUGCCCAGCACUCCUCUGACGUAGAUUUACGUUUUUUCCUAGGUUUGGCACCUUUAGCGACACCAUUUUGUAUACAUGCGACUGGGAUAAAAGCCGGACAAUCUGUCCGAUCCGGAAAAAAAAUCGUCAGACCUAAUCAAAAUUUAUCGGACCGACCUACGUAUUUCGGGAAGUCUGUACAUGUGUCAUUUAGAUGUAAAACUUACAUAUUGUUCAUGUGAAACAUUCAUUCAAGAAAUAAAUGCAUUCAUUUUUUUA